GAUUUAAAGACUACUAAACCAAUUUUCAUAAAAUUUCUAUGGAAACAUUCUAUAAGUACAUAUUAUCUUUUCAGAAGAAAAAAAUCAUAUCGGUUUAUAAGUGAUGGCGUUAUGAGGUAACAUAGAAAAGAUAUAACCGAAAUAAAAACCUCCAUCUUUGAAGUCGGUUGAAAAGAUAACCUAGAUUUGUUAAAAAUAAAAUUAGUAACAAAUUGAAACAUUCGAGCAAUUAAUCCAUUUUUUAUUUUUACCACUCAAAUUAAUUAUUGGUUUGUUUAUUUUUAUUAAAUUAUAUUGCAGUAUAUAGUAUUAUUUAUUUUGUACAUUUACACUUUUGAUGAGAAUUUUACAUAAUUGUAUAAUAUAGUAACGGAUAUAUGUGAAAUAUUCAUGGUGUUUACAAUAUAUAGCGAGUUAAUAGUAAAUAAUUGGAGCUCUUCCUUGUAUCAAGAAGGUUGCAUCCUCGCCAUGAACUUGCUGACCCCAAGUGUUUGCUAUAGUGCACGCUAUGCUACGAAUGUUCACUGAAGGAAAAUACAUAGCUAAAAUGGCCUAGUUUGUUACUACAAUAUAUACGCCGUAUAUGUGCCAGUGCGGCUCAAAUAUGUUCUUGACCGUCAACUGACACGAGUGUGGAUGUAAAAUGUUGUUGUAUCUGUUAGUUAUCGCGGUGGUCCUGUGGAUUGUGGUGUUUAGGUAUCGGAGGCGAAGGAUGUAUAAACUUGCCUCCAUGAUACCGGGACCAAAAGGGGAGCUCCCCUUGAUAGGUGUAGCACAUACGCUCGUAGGGAACACCGAGGACAUAAUGUCAUCGUUGCAGAACUUCAGUUACGAAGCAAUGGAAAAUGGUGGAAUAAUUAGGGGGUGGCUCAAUCAUAUACUAUAUUUUGUUUUGGUUGAUCCAGUGGAUUUGGAAAUGGUGCUGAAAACGUGUUUAGAAAAAGACGACCUACACCAAUUCAUUAGGAAAAUUGUGGGAAACGGCGCUAUAUUUGCUCCAGUUUCAAUCUGGAGACGGCGUCGUAAAAUCCUAGUUCCAGCGUUCAGUCCAAAAAUAGUGGAGAACUUUGUGGAGGUGUUUGCGGAACAGAGUGUCAAGUUGACCAAACGGCUGGAAAAUCAAGUUGACAAAGGUCCUUUUAGUCUUUGGCCUUUUAUCAGCACCUAUACAUUAGACUCAGUAUUUGAUACAGCCAUGGGAGUAAAAAUAAAUGCUCAAGAUAAUCCAGAUUCACCAUUUUUAUUAUGUAUGAAUCGUAUUCUGAAUUUGGUGUGUGAAAGGAUAUUCCACCUGUGGCUACAGCCUGAUUGGUUAUAUAAAUUGUUCCCGCAGUAUAUUGAGCAUCAAAAGUGCGUAAAAGAAAUGCACGGAUUUACCGAUAAGAUUAUUAAAAUGAAAAGAACAGAAAUCAAGAAAUAUGAAUCUCAAUCUAAAGACGGGACAAUGUAUGACUUACAAGCUUACAGACGUAAAACGUUCCUUGAUUUGUUGGUGACACUAUCCGGUGGUGAACAGGGGUACACUGAUGUGGAGUUGAGAGAAGAAGUACUGACUCUCACUGUAGCAGGUACAGACACAUCCGCUGUGGCCACUGGGUAUACACUUAAGCUCUUAUCUAUGUAUCCUGAAAUCCAGGAGAAUGUUUACAAUGAGUUAUAUGAAGUAUUUGGUGAUUCCGAUCGUCCUGUGGUUAAAGAAGACUUACCCAAAUUAAAAUACUUGGAGAGAGUGGCCAAAGAAUCACUAAGACUAUUCCCUCCGGUACCAUUUAUUAUUAGGAAGGUUUUGGAAGAUACUACUUUGCCCUCAGGACGCGUUCUUCCCGCUGGUUCAGGUGUCGUUAUCUCCAUAUGGGGGGUACAUCGUAAUCCCAAGUAUUGGGGUCCAGACGCGGAACACUUUGAUCCCGAUAGGUUCUUACCGGAACGUUUUAAUCCGGGACACCAUUGUAGUUUCAUGCCGUUUAGCAGUGGACCUAGAAAUUGCCCUGGAUACCAAUAUGCAUUGAUGUCUAUGAAGACUGCGUUGUCGACCAUUCUCCGAUCUUACAAAGUGGUAGGGGAGCGGGAGCCCACUGUUAUUCCUCGCAUCAGAGUUAAGAUAGACAUUAUGAUGAAGGAUAUUGAUGGGUAUAGAGUGGCAUUGACUAGACGAAGACCGCGUGCCGUAUCUUCAGAUAACAGAGAAAAUGCAUAAUAAAUCAUCAGAUAGAUAUAAAAACCUCUUUCUUAUCGAAUAUAAUUUAUUGAUUUAAUUAAAAUAAAUAGAGUGUUAUUUUCACUACAACAGUAUUAAUAAUUUCAGCCCAAGGCUUUUCUGUCAUCACAUUCGCCUGUGAUAGAAAAUUCAUCUUUAUUCACCAUAUUAUAGAGUUCACACAGCAGAAUUUCAUCUUAGAUUAUAAGUUUCAUAAUAUGGAGUUUGCUUCUAUGAACUAAGUUGUAGAAUGUCGUAGAAUACAAAUAUUUUCAUUUAGGAUUUACAUACAGUUGCUUACAACUGUAUCUAACUAGUUUUUAUAAUUAUUUGUUAUUAUGUUUUGAGGUGGUUUGAAUAAAAAUUUGAUAACUUAAGUGGUUAAUGAUCAAAUGGUUAAUUAACUUAUUCACCGCUUCGUUUUGUAGCAAUUGCUGUGACACUAGAUCUUGACUCCAAUUGGCAACUUAAUAUUGUACGUCGUUCUUUUAAUAUUUCUGUCUAUGACAUGUAAUAUUAAAAUGUAAAAUUUUGUUCUAUAUACUGUGUCUAUUUUAUUACUAUGUUAGUAUAUAAGACUGCUAAAUAAAUGUAAAAACAAAUAUAUACAUGUUCGUAUUUAUAUAUUUGUUUUUCAAUAUACAUGUACAUAUUUGGUACAAUCCGGUACAUACUACCGGAUGUAUUUUAUUUUUUUGAUAUUAUGUCAGCCGUCGACUGUUCAUUGUUGAACAUAGGUCUCCUCCUAUUAAAAGGUUUUGCCAGUAGUUGUCACGCUUGACAAGCGGGUUGUAAUAGCAGUUAGUUAGUCUAAGUGGGACGUUGCUGCCUCUCCUUCGACCAUUAAGUUCAAUUAGUCACUUCUUAUGACAUUCAUGGGAUAGGAAGGCUGGUCCAUUCUAUGCCGGGACCACACGGCGUUUAUUUUAUUGGGGCGGUUAAAAGGUUAACGUCGUCUUGACAUGUGGUCAUGAUAAAUUCUACAUUCCCAGUAAGUAGUUCUAAUAACGCAACACACUGAAAAGGAACAACCGUUAUAUAGUAUAGUUCAUAUACCGUAUUUGGCGGUUCAAUUCUCCUAGACAACGAUCCUUUGAAUCGUUAUUACUGUCGAGUCCAUAGAGAUAGAAUGAGAUAGCAAUGUCUGGUGUCUUAUUCUUUCUCGUGUGAGCGCUAACUGAAACGAUUCUAUUGAUAGAUUAGUUUGCUGAUUGUUUAAAGGGUAGGUUUUGUAAUGCAGAAAAUUUUUAAGACAUCUCAUAGUUUUCUUUUUUGUCCUUCCUAUUAUUUGUAGCGGUUUACAUAGUCAGCAUAAAAUUUUAUUAUACCAUUUAAUAAGAUUAUUUAUAUUUAUCUUUAGAUGAAUUUUAUAAAGGUAAAAAGUACCUGAAUUAAAAAAGCGUAAAGUAAAUAAGAGGUUUUAUUUAAAAUCUGGAUAUUUUAAUAGUUUUUUGGUAUUGACUGAAUAAAGAAAUCUCUCUCUGUAAUUAUAUUUUCUUUUUAUUUAGCUUCUCUUUUUGACAACACCUAAAUAUAUAUAUAUAUAUAUAUAUAUAUAUAUAUAUAUAUAUAUAUAUAUAUAUAUAUAUAUAUAUAUAUAUAUAUAUAUAUAUGAAAUUGUGAAAAGAAUAACAGAACAAUGUACCUAUUUUUAUAUAAAAUUUUUGCACGAAUUAUAACGAAGUACCCAAGGAAAUGUGAUCUAUAAUUUAUUAUACAUAUUUAUGUUUAUUAUAAGUAUAUGAGAGAAGUCCUGUUGUAUAUUUUGAACCCAUUUUUACCUAGUUAAAAUAUUUUUAAGUUCUGAGUAUUUAUACAAGCACAUACAUAGAUGUACAUGUGUUUCUCUGUGGGUCAAAAAUGGUAUUAAAAUCUUUAAUACAGUGGAUAUUUGUAACUAAAUUAGUUGUAAAUCGAACUACGGAUAAAUUAUGAGUUUUCUACUUUUUACAAAUAUGUAGACAUCUAAUACUACAUUCUUAUAGACUGCAGACUAAACGUUAAAUGCACAAUUUUAUGGAUGGAAAUUACAAACUGAAGGUUGUUUGCUACUGAAUUUAUAAUUCGUCUGCAAUUCUCUACAUUCCUGUUAUUGAUACUUAGUAUAAGUUAAAUGGUAAAUAAAUGUUGUUAUUCGUACCUGCAUAAUUUUUAAAAUAUCGUUGCCAGAUUAUUAUGUACAACAUCAUUAUCUGAGUUAAUUGACCAUUGAAAAAUAUAAGCCUCCCUCACAGACUGCCAUAAAGUAACAGUGAAUUACCUGUAUCUACUGAUUUCAACUUUCCAUUCCAUCAAUUAUAUAUAGGGGUUGUAAUUAUUUGUUUUAUUAUUAUUAUUAUUGAACUUAUCUGAAUUGGCUCGGGUCUGGAUACUCCGGGUUGUAUCCCCAGAUGUUCGUUGCUGGUUCUAAAACACAGAGUAUUCUAGCGUAAGGACUUGGUGGUUGGUAUGAUUGUGUAUUGUCAAUAUUUAGCGCAGGCGGGGCCUCCAUUCCGUUAUCAUGUAUUAAAAUAUUGUUAAUAUUUUCAUUUAUUAUCAUCAUCAUUUAACGAAGAACAUAAACCACCACCUUGGAGGGUUGAAAUAACAAGAAAUAAUGAUCAAUUAAUAUUUCCAUUAAUUGAACAUUAGUUUUGUCAAUUGUCAUGACUAAAAAAAAUAUUAAAAUUCAUCAAAUUGAAGAUAUAAUUGUAGACUGUGAUUUAGUUAUCAGCUCAAUAUUAUAAUAAUAUAGAGGUCUAAAUCUUCUAGUAAGUACUUAUUAAACAUUUUUUAUUUAUUACUGUUACCAUAAUAAUAAUAUUAAGUUGAAAUAAAUUUGUGACUAUUAGUCGAAAUAUAUGUAAAAUGUUAUAAUUAUAUAUAUAAUUAUUGUCAAAAUUAAUGUACACUUUUGUAAUAAAAACUUUCAUUUAUAUCAUUUAAUAAAAUAAUUUUAUAAUAAAAAAAAAUGUUAUAUCUCAUUUAACGCAAUAUAGUGAAAGAUACAUAAAUAGGUAAACAUUUUUGUGAAUUUUUUAUUGUUAUUUUAAAGUGGGUAGAAUAUAGCUUAGAUUAAGGAUUUUUUUUUACAAAAAUAACUAAAUGCUUUUUUUUAUUAAUUUUAUAUAAAAAACGACAUGGAACUCCUUGGAUAAUAUAAUUUUUUAUUUAAAUAUAUUGGUUAUAAUGUCUACAUCACCUGUGCUGUGUAUCAAAUAAAUAUGAAGUUUUAAUUGUACUCUGUUCUAGGAAAUUUUAAUAAAAUUACAAUCUUAUUUUGGUAAAAGUCA